AUGCCUCCAUGGCAUGUGUCUAACAGGUUACUUGUUCAAUUGCCAGUAUUCUGGGAGACUGCUAUUCUCAUAUGUCGGCUACUGCGAACUGAGCUUUAUGACCGUUACGAAGAAAACAAGAUUCAAACAGAUGUUCCAUGGCCCGUUGAUGGUAUUGCUUUGAACUUUGGAAGAUGGGAAACAGCCGGAGCCACAGACACUGGAGCUAUUGAGUGUCAUGGGCAUGCACAUGUUCUACUUAGCCUACAUUUUAUCGAGCAAUGUGAUGACAGUUUUUUUCGCACUCUCAAAGGACGACAAGAGCCGAACCAAAACUACUGUCGAGCGAAUGCGGAGCAAAUGGAAAGAGAUCGUUUGCUCAGUGCUGAAAUGAAACAACAUCGAGUUGAAAUGAAUCGUCUAAACGAGAAAAUGGAUAAGACAGAGAGAAGAAUUGAGAAUGUUUUGAGCUAUCUACAAGAAUUUGUAGGAUCCAGAGAAUUUUAA